GAGAGGCGCGUGAUCUCAUUAUAUAUUCACCACAUUUCUCCUGAUACCACCGGAGACCUCACAUGCAGCGGCGAUAUCCUACUUAGACAACCCGCACCAUCACACAUUCAUUUCUGCCUUUCACUUUUUUCUUCGAACACGCAAAUGGGAGAUUCUCGCAUUAUAAAGAAUUAUUUUUUCAGGAACAGACAUCAACUGCUUAUUUGCUCAGCUGAACGAUCUAGUAUAUGCGACUGUAUUGGGCUCGUGCGGACCACCCAGUGAGUGCUUUGUGGAACUGUAAUGUUUUCCUUCUCUUAAGCUCCUUUAUCGUCAGUUUUGGUCUGCGAUUUUAAGAUGCAGAGGUUGCAGUAUUUAAAUAGCACUAGUAUACCAAACCACAAUUAUGAAUGGAGCUACGAAUACUACGACGACGAAGAGCCUGUGUCUUUCGAGGGACUCAAAGCACAUCGAUAUUCCAUUGUGAUCGGCUUCUGGGUGGGUCUUGCAGUUUUUGUAAUUUUCAUGUUUUUUGUUCUGACUCUCCUGACCAAAACAGGAGCCCCACAUCCAGAGGCUGCCGAGCCUUACGAGAAACGGAUGCGGCUCACCAGCUGUGCGGAGGGUCUGAGGGGUCAGCGUGUGGCAGAUGCCCAGACGGGUCUCUCUCGCCCUUUACUAGAGGAGUCCCGGUCUUUUUUUCACUGUUACAUCAAUGAGGAGGAGCGAGAAGGGGGCAGGGCUCUAAAUGAUGCUAAUGGUGCCAUCCAUAGCAGUGGCAACUCCAGAGGACAGGUGGAGACUGUCGGUCUAGUCGUCCAGAAUAUGGUCUUGGAGACUAGGGCGGAAAGAGAGGCUGCACUCCUGGCCCAUUUCAACAUUCCCAACUUUGUGAACUCUGAACUGAGCUCAGCUCUGGGGGAAGAAGACUUACUGCUGGGUGAUCCACCAAUCAUAAUGGAGGAGGCCCGUCCUCAUUGUACGCAUCACAUCAUUGACUAAAUCACAAGUUUUGGACAUCUGCUGGAGUUUGAGGAUGCUUGAAGAUGCUUUUAUUCACUCAUUAUGGCUCCAUCAUUAUCUUCAACUCAGUCCAUGAUCUCCAGAGGUGGAAAUUGAUAGUGUUUAGCUUUAAGACAUCCACACCUCACCUCCACACUAAGGUGUGUUCAAGUACUGGGCUCAGAGUGCUUUAAGGCUGAGCAAUUAUCUCACAUUUGGGGUCUACAGUGAUUCUUUGAGUGAAAUAAUGGGUUAGGUCAGGCAGUCAGACUGCAAGAUCUAAAGAUCCAGAUGGGAUUGUGCAAAAAAUGAUAGACAGCAGAGACACAACAUUUUCAAGGACACAUAUCAUACAAGGACUCUGGGACUCCAUUUCCAGAGUUAUGGCUGUUGGGAAAAAUUCCAACAGAAUGCAAUGCCUUAAUGGUUAAUUUAAUUUCUACUAUCAGCAUGAUUAAAAAAAAAUGCUCUUCAUAUGCAGUGGAAAGAUUCCCCCUCCCCCUUACAUGCCAUCAUCCUUAUGUAGCCAAAUAGCAAAAUUGCAGCAAUUUGGUAUUGCACUGCCUGGUUCUCUGGGCUUUUCGUGUAAGCAAAUACGUGAGUAGAAAAUAGUUUGCGCUGUCUGCACCUGUCAGCUGAAACAGUGGCUUUCUAAAGAAUAUCUGCAGUAUACUUGCAUUCUAACUCCCCUUAAAUUGUCUAAAUAAGAUGCCUGAGGUUCUGUAGAAAAAUCCAAUAAUCCAAUACUUUCUCUCCUGUUUUAUUGAACACCUUUAUGCCAAUAAAGUUCAGUUGAAUACAUCGCAAAGCUUCUUGUGGUGAUAUCGUCUGAUGUGUUGUGAAUAAAGUUUGGAUCCUUUGAAUACGGAUCUGACGAUGCUAAUAAGCAAUGCUUAGAGUUUUGUUGUCUUAUAAUUUUAGGAUCAGAUGCCAUACAUUGAUUAAAUCCAUCAUGUCCUGAAUCCAUUCAUGAUUAACAAUGAAGACAAAAUAGUAUGUUCAUUUAUUGUCUGUUUAAAAUGUAUUAAAUUCUAGAUAUGGUGCUUAUGUAUUGAAGAGAGUGACAUUCUUACACCAUCCACUGCACACAAAUAAUUCAUAAUUGAUGCAGAGGACAGAAAAAGAGCACUUAGAACAUAAAUCAAAUGUGCAUGUCUCUUUAGUUUAGCAGGUUGCAAGUACUGCAUUUAUUUUGAGCCAUUACCUGAGUUUUAGAUUAUGCAAAUUUCACUAUUUUUGAAAGGCAAUGAUUUUAGUUUAAUCAAGUACAUUUCCAGUUAAAAAUUCUUGAUACUCCAUGAACUUUUGUCUCCAACAUGCUGAUCAUCUCUUAACAGUCAUCACACAAUG